AUGGACCUUGACGAACAGCCUGAGAGUGAUAUACUGCAGCCCAUCUCACCUGUCGCAAGACACAUUCCGGUAGACCACGAACUGCUCGAGAUCCGCUCGGGCUCGUCACAACACCACAAGCGACACUCGAUUGCUUCUGACUCUGAUUACCAACUGCCUGCGCCUCAUCCGCCCCCUACGACCAAGUCGCGUCCUUCAACGUCUGGAUCAAGACGUAUAUCUACCGCUGUUCAUCCAGUACUCCCAAUCAAUAUGCUUCCUUCAGCGCCUGCUUCUCCUCCUACUCCUGCACCGUCGCCAACUCCCUUUCAGCGCCAGUUGUCCUGGGCUGAGGCAGGUCCUGAUGAAGAUGCCGUGUUAAGGGACACAAGACAUCAUUUCCUGCGUCUGAACGAUUCUCAAAGGCAAAGGUUUUUGGCCGAAGUGCUCAACAUGUGUACUAGCAAUCAGUUGAGCUUUGUUUCGCAAUUCGUCUCGCCGAGAUUAAAAAAGGACCCCUUUGAGCAUCUCCCGGACGAAUUGUGUUUGAGGGUUUUGUGCUUUAUCGACGAGCCGCGGAGUCUAGCCAGAGCAUCACAGGUCUCACAACGCUGGCAUAAGUUGGUCAAUGACGAUAUGCUGUGGAAAGAAAUGUGCAUGAAGUAUGCAUACAGAAAAGCCCCGGCCUCCGUCGAGUCGGACCUUUCGCCAAGAUCGAGUCACAACCAUCCAUACAAUGUUCCUUCGCGAAACAAACGAACGAUUGACGGCGACCCAAUUGGUCCGUCUUCGAGUGCACCCAGUUUGGGUUUGUCUAUGAGCGAACCUUCUUCACCCGUGUCGAAGAGCAAGAAGAGGAUGCAGUCACAGUCACAUUAUCUACACUUCCGCCACAAGUAUAUGAUCGAGGCUGCAUGGAAGAGAGGUGGCGUAUGCAAACCGCAUUUCAUUACUCCUGAUCAAGGUGUCGUCACAAGUCUACAUCUGACUGAUCGCUAUAUUGUCGUGGCUCUAGACAACGCAAAAAUACACGUAUUCAAUACUCAAGGCGAGCACCAAAAAACGCUUAAGGGGCAUGUGAUGGGAGUGUGGGCCAUGGUUCCAUGGGAUGAUAUCUUGGUCAGUGGAGGGUGUGAUCGAGACGUCAGAGUAUGGAAUAUGGCUACCGGAAGAGCCGUGCAUGUUCUGCGAGGUCAUACGUCGACAGUUCGCUGCUUGAAGAUGUCCGACUCAAAGACAGCAAUUUCUGGAUCUCGAGAUACGACCUUGAGAAUUUGGGAUCUCGAUAGUGGAAUAUGCAAGAACGUCUUGGUUGGACAUCAAGCCAGUGUACGAUGUUUAGCCAUCCACGGAGAUACUGUAGUGUCUGGCAGCUAUGACACGACUGCAAGAAUCUGGAGCAUCUCCGAGGGCAAGUGCUUGAAGACCUUGUCCGGUCAUUUCAGUCAAAUCUAUGCCAUUGCAUUUGACGGCACUCGCAUAGCUACCGGCAGUCUCGACACAAGCGUACGCAUCUGGGAUCCCAACACUGGUCUAUGUAAUGCAGUAUUGCAGGGCCAUACAUCGCUGGUAGGGCAACUACAAAUGAGAGGCAACACCCUAGUUACUGGUGGAUCCGACGGCUCUGUGAGGGUGUGGUCUUUAGUUACCAAUCAAGCGAAACACCGUCUUGCUGCUCACGAUAACAGUGUGACGAGCUUGCAAUUUGACGAAAACCGUAUUGUCUCUGGCGGCAGUGAUGGACGAGUCAAGAUUUGGGACGUGCAUACUGGUCAACCUAUUCGGGAACUUUCCCAGCCAGCUGAAGCUGUAUGGCGAGUGGCUUUUGAGGAAGAAAAGGCUGUAAUCAUGGCGAGCCGCAACAACAGGACUGUAAUGGAGUGUGUGCGAAAAGCUCAGCAGCCCAAACAAUACAGCGACAUGACAGCACUUCGCAUUCUGGCAUAUGUCCCGAGCCACGGACAAGCUUCGACCACCGAAAUAUCUGGCAAUUGCGACUGGACUGAGGGGCCUUCCAGGUACUGGAUUUUUAACAUGAGCUCAUACUGCUUGCAGGAAUACGAGGUUCAGCGUGUUGAGACGAAGAAAAGACGCAAAAGCAAGGACGUCCGUUAUAUUAGUCACGUCACGGACGAAAGCAAAUACGAAGCACGGAGUUAA